AAUAUUUCAGGGAACCACUACUGCAGUCGCGAUUAUGGAUCACAAGCCUCCAACGGUAACUCUUACCACUACUCCAACCAGGACUCGUCCUAUUACUAUUCCAACCCGGAUAGCUCGACCUUUCACCAAAACUCUAGCGGUGGUAGAACCUACACCACUCCUUCCGGAACUUCAUACACCAAGGACGCUGGUGGAUCCAAAUAUUCGCGUGCUUCUUAA